GAAAAUACUUGUUUUCGUCCUUUUCGACACACCGCUCCCGUCUGUUCGAACGUCGGAAAAAUUUAUGCAUUUAAUUUCGUUUUUUACCUGUUCUUAACCUACAGUCAAAAUUUCGCCAUUAAACAGAAUCCAGUUAGGGUGGUGUUCCACUUCUAAGGGACAGCGUCAGCUGGUAAAGUGGUGUGCAACAGGAAACGCUUGGCGUACAGUGAAUUGGCAAUCUGGACUAAACGUAGAUCCACCGUGGCGUUGCUGACAUUGUGAUUGAGCGUUACACUGUUGAAUAAAAUAUCACUACAAAGCUGCCUCUUUACCUUUUCAAUUCACUAACAUUUUCGGUGAUUAAAUAUAGUAUCUAAGACACUAGUUGUAUUGUACAAGCGAAACAAGUAUGAGAAUUUGUGGACUUGAAGAACAAAUUCAUGUCAUUGAUAAUAAAGUGACUGUUGAGGAAAUUAUAAAAGAUAUAGUUAGAACAAAGGAAAUAUCAGAUCCAUUUUAUAUAUUUGAUGUUGGUGAUCUUGUGCAUAAAGCAAAAAUAUGGCAGCAAAAGUUACCACGGGUAAAACCUUUUUAUGCUGUAAAAUGCAACGACAAUUCCCUUGUGCUAGAAACGUUAGCUGCAUUUGGAACGAAUUUCGAUUGUGCUUCCAAAGCCGAGAUAAAAAAAGUUUUGGACUUGGGGGUGAAUCCGUCUCGUAUAAUAUUCGCUAAUCCAGCAAAAAUGACCUCACAUAUUAAGUAUGCCAUGAGUCAAUGUGUUGAUCUGACAACAUUUGAUAAUGAACUAGAACUGUACAAAAUUAAAUCUAUUCACCCAUCCUGCAACUUGGUUAUACGAAUUCGUUGUGAUGCAACUGAAACUCAGUGCCCACUUGGUAUCAAAUAUGGCUGCGAUCCUCUAACCGAAGCACCAGCAUUAAUGUCAUUGGCCCGUGAUUUGGGUUUGUCUGUUGUGGGAGUAAGCUUUCAUGUUGGUUCAGGAUGCAAUGAACCAGCUGCCUUUCGAAGGGCAAUCGCUGCUUCAGCAGCUAUUUUCCGACUUGCCCAGCAGUUAGGUUUUAUGAAUAUGUACUUGUUGAACAUUGGUGGAGGAUUUCCUGGAAAUAAAAACACUUCAUUGGAUAAAAUUGCAGACAUAGUGAAUGAUGCACUUAAUGAAUGGUUCCCUCCAAACAAUGGUGUAACCAUCAUAGCAGAACCGGGUAGAUUCUUUGUGGCUUCAGCAUUUACACUUUCUACGAAAAUUCACUCUAUUAAAAAACGUUCAAAUGAUGAAAACCAUGUCAUGUAUUUUAUUAAUGAUGGAGUUUAUGGUUCUUUCAAUAGUAUUCUUUAUGAUCAUUCAAUUGUUGUACCCAAACCUCUGAAUGAUUAUCCGAUGAGUCCAAUUAGUCAGAGUUCUAUUUGGGGACCUACUUGUGAUGGUUUAGAUCAAGUAGUUGAUUUGGUAAAUAUGCCAUUGAUGAAAAUGGGUGAUUGGAUCAUUUUUGAGGACAUGGGAGCUUAUACAAUACCUGUAGCAAGUACAUUUAAUGGCUUCCCACUUCCCAAGGUCUUUGCUGUUGCAAAUCGAAGAAUUUGGCAAAAGUUGAAAAAUUUAAUGCCAAUAUCCGAGGAUCAUUUUACAACUGUGCCAAUUGUUGCAACUAUCAAAAUGGUACGUUCAGAAUCCAGCGAUGAUGAUGAAUGGGAUGAAAAUGAUUUGGAUUAUACGCGCCAAUAUCCAUGUCUUCAUUUGAAGAAUUCUUUCUCUUUGCCCGAAGCAUGAGUUUUGCUUGUAUAAUGAAAUAACUUAGUCUCCAUUUUAUUAUAUUUAAAAUUAGAUGUAAGUUUUUGUUAGCAUCAAUUGAAUCGAGUAAAGAGGCAGCUCCCUAUAACUAUUUAUAAACAUAAUAAAUUCUAAUCCAUUUAAUUUAUUC